UCUUCACCUGUUCUGACAAGAUUUUUUUUUCACCGAGUGAUAUUUGAAGUUUCAGUGAUAUUUGAAAGUGAAAAGACCUUUGAUUGCUUCUUUGAUUGCUUCUGUCUUACUCAAUUAAUAACAAGGAUUAUCACACACACACACACAUGGUUACACAUGAAAUACACAAUGAAUACACUACCAAGAGAAGCUGUUAUGCCUGUUACGCCUCUGUGUCUAGUGUAAGCAGAUCCGACUCAAUCAGAUUUGAACCUUUUCUUUUCCCCUAGAGCGUGAGAUGCUACUUGAGAAUCCACAUGGCUCAGACUUUCUUCUCGAUGUGCACCUGUGCUAAAUUAUUAAUGUUGGACUUCCUCCUUAAUUCCCUAGUGUGCUUUUAUUCUCAAAAACAAAGCUGAAGCAAAAGUUGUUUUGUUUUUUUAGUGUAUGAAACGGAAACACGUCAUCUUCCAGGGGAUGACUGCAGGCAAGGGUAAUAAAGUUAGCACAACAGCAGACCAGGCGUGAAGGUCACAGUGGUAUGUGUACCUCAAAGCAGUGUCUACAAGCCAACGUUUAUGUGUCUCUUUUCAGAUCAAAGAACUAAACUGCCGGUGUGUCCGAAUGCUGCGCCUCGACAAGGACUGCCGUCAUACACAUUCGGCUCCAAGACCCUGAGAUGUCCUGGAGGCUACAGGCCCUCCUUGGAAAAGGUCAGAAUUGGCCCAUGUAGGUGGGAGGAGCCUGUGCUGCGCAGAGCUAGUGGUUAUCAUGGACGACACGAAGAAGCUAGUCCAGUGCGCCCACGUAUUGUGACAGUGGUUCGGCCAUGUGGUGAGCACAAUCUACGGAAGAUCUCUCUGCUGCUAAACCGACGUGCUGUACAGACGUUUGAGCUGUUGAUGGCUGAUGUGUCGGAAGCUCUUGGCUUCCCUUGCUGGCACAGAGGUCGUGUUCGACGCCUUUUCAGCCCUGCUGGGCAAGAGAUGCACAGCCUCUCUGACUUCUUCCACUUUGGUAAUGCCUUCCUGGCCUUUGGAAUCAGCCGCCCAUCCGUUAGUGAAGUACAGGCCGCGCUGCAGGAGCUGUAUCCUGACAAUCCAGGUUACUGUGACAGCUUGUUGAGGUUGUGGGAGCGGAUCCUGAGGUCUAAAGCUGCCAAGACAGAUAGUGGUUUCCAUGAUGAUGUGCCCCAAGUUGAUUCCACUUUAAAUGUAGCCCUUGAUUCAAUCACACCCCAAUUACCAGCCAAUCAUUUGCAGCCAUAUCGACCACAAGUUAAGCAGAAAGACAGGGGCAGGAGGGAGAGGCAGAGAGGAGAGUGGGACAACAGGGAGGAUAGGAGAGCACAACAACCUCAGACAAUAGAGGAGAGGAGGACAGACAGGAAGAAGGAGCCAGUUUAUUGCCAGAGCUGUAGAGGAGCUGGUCCACCUAUUCCUCCAAUUGUAAACAAAAAGUCUGCUAAAUUGGAAAAGCCUAAAAAUGAGAGCAAAGCUCCUCUUUCCCAGGAUAGCAGGUCAUCACAGAUCAAAAAUACUGAAGCAAACAAUCUGAAAAAUGAUCCAAACAGCCCCAAAGCACAAACCCCAAUAGAAAUGGUAGAGCAGAAAGGCUUGUGGGAACUCCCACCUGACGGUAUGCAGGUCUCUCUGGAGGAAAUCCAGCGCUGCUAUGACAUUGGUGGUGUGGUGGGUGAUGGGAACUUUGCAGUGGUGUAUAAGUGCCAUGUGCGUGGCUGCACUCAAACUUUUGCCAUGAAGAUGGUAGACAAGGCCAAACUGCAGGGCCGAGGCCACAUGAUACAGAACGAGAUUGCCCUAAUGCGUAGCCUGACACACCCACGCCUAGUGCGGCUGCUGCGCUCCCAUCACACGGACACACACGUCUACCUGUUAAUGGAGCUGGUAACUGGCGGCGAUCUGUUUGAUGCUAUUGCCAAGUGUCGAAAAUUCAGUGAGCCUUGUGCAGCUAGGAUGAUUCGGGACAUCAGCCAGGCUCUGGAGUACAUCCAUAACAAGAGCAUCGCACACAGGGACAUCAAGCCUGAAAACCUUCUAGUCCAACGGCACAGCAAUGGCAGUAUCAAUCUAAAGCUGGCUGAUUUUGGAUUAGCCAUGGUAGUGACAGAGCCAGUUUUCACUGUAUGCGGCACACCUACGUAUGUUGCUCCCGAGAUACUUGCUGAGACAGGGUAUGGUGUAGCAGUGGACAUUUGGGCUAUGGGUGUGAUACUGUUUGUGCUGCUCAGUGGGUUCCCUCCAUUCCGCAGUCCAGAACGCAAUCAGGAGGAACUCUUUCAUCUCAUCCAGAAAGGAGAGGUCCACUUUCUGUCACCUUACUGGGACCAUGUGUCUGAGGAAGCUAAAGAUUUGAUCAGUGCUCUUCUAGAAGUGAACCCCACUGUGAGACUGACAGCCAGUCAAACUCUGCAGAACAGCUGGCUUCUCCAUGCAGCAGCACUGAGUGACCAGGAGGAGGCGACAGACACCAGCAACAUCAUCAACAACAAGAAAGACACACUCGAAACAGGACGCAGAAAUGGGGCCUGGGGCAAUCCGCCGAAACUAGAUAUGUCAGCAGAGAUAGUUCAAGUGGCACAGACUGAUAGGAAAAGAGAAAGCAGCACAAAUAAAUACAGAGAAACCAGCAUGGACCCAAUAGAUAAGCAGACUUCUGAGAGACCAUCACAAGUAAGAGAAAUCAGCAAAAAUGGUAACCUGCUGGAGGUGUCAGUAUUAGUAGAAAAAGCUGAUAUACCCGAGUAGUCCAGGUCUCUUGGACGUCCACAUUAAGGUAGGUAGCAAAAUCAGCGUUGUGAUGAAUGCAUCA